UAUAACCAUUUAUUAAACACACAUUAUACAUUUUAUUAUAUUUUUAUUAUAUGAGUGAAGACAUUGUGAUGGAUUUGGAGAACUCGACGCCAGAGAACGUAAGAGUAUUCGUCAGAGUUAGACCCUUUAAUGAUUUAGAACAAAAUUCCGGCAUACAAAAUGUGCUGGACGUUAAUCAAGACAACAAUUCCAUCAUAAUUAAGCCCAACCAAAUGAAAAACGUCAUCAAAAAGAACUUCAGCUACUCAAAAGUGUUCAGCGAGUCCAGCAACCAGUUCGACGUCUACAGAUCAGUGGCGAUACCGAUUGUGGAGAAGAUUUUCGAGGGCUACAACGGCACCAUAUUCGCCUACGGACAAUCGGGAACGGGCAAAACGUACACGAUGUUCGGCAACACCUUGGAACAGGACCACAGAGGCAUCAUACCCAACAUAUUCUCCCACAUGUUCUCCGAAAUCUCCAAGUCGAACAAGAACAUGUCCUACUUGGUGACGGUCACUUACAUGGAAAUCUACAACGAACAAGUGAGGGACCUGUUGUCGGACAACCCCCAUAACAAGCUGACAAUCAGGGAAAGAGCGGACGUGGGUGUGUAUGUGAAGGAUCUGCUGGGAUUCUCGGUGAAUUCGAUGGAUGCGGUUAACGAUCUGCUAAUCAGAGGAUGUAAAAACCGAUCAAUCGGUUCAACCAAGCUGAACGAUCUGAGUUCCCGCUCACACGCCAUCGUAACGGUCAUCCUGGAGUCGAAGAACAAAACCACCAACGAAGUUAAGUUCGGCAAGCUGAACCUGGUCGAUUUGGCCGGUUCCGAACGCGUCUCCAAGACAAUGGUGACGGGCGAACGGCUGAGGGAAGCCGGGAAGAUUAACUUGUCGUUGUCGGUGCUGGGGAACGUUAUAUCGGCAUUGGUCGAUCAAAAUUCAACCCACAUCCCUUACAGGAACUCGAAGUUGACCAGACUGUUGCAGGAUUCUCUUGGUGGCAACUCCUUGACGUCAGUGAUCGCCAUGGUGAGUCCAUCUGAGCUGGACUGCGAUGAAACGGUGAACACCUUAAUGUACGUGGACAGAGUCAAGAGAAUCAGAAACUACGUCUCAGUAAACAUCGAAAAGACGAGCGUCCUGAAGCAGUUCGAGACGAAGAUAAGAGAGCUGGAGUCGCAGCUGAACCUGCUCAACGACAACCAAGAGUCGAACCAAGAGAAGAAGAAAAAGUUCGCCACCAAAAGCAAGGAGAAACUAUACAACGAGCAGCUGUUGCAAAUCGAAUACGCCAAAGAAGAUCUCCUGACCAAAAUCAAUAACAUCCAAAAGAAAAUCCUCGUUGGAGGCGAGAAUCUCCUUCAAAAGGCCGCAUCGCAAAAUUACCUCCUGGAGAGCACUUCGAAGGAACUACAAUCUUUAGACAACUCCCAAAAACACUUGGAGCACACCCUGUUGAAAAAGGAGGUCGAAAUCGACAUCACGAAGAGGAAGUUCUCGAGUCUUCAAGAGGAGGACAAGGAACUGGACAAUGAAAUCGAAAACGUCGAACAGAUUCUGGAGACGGAAAUCGAAGUGCUGACGAAGAACGAAAACGCUUAUCAACAGCAAAUAUGCGCCCUGCUCUACGACAACAAGGACUACUCGAAGCAGAUGAAGAUGAUGAAGUUGUUCACGGAGAAUUUCAUUCCGAAGCCUUUCCUGGCGAAAAUUUUGGAUAAUUUGUAUUGGGACGACAACAGUGGCGAUUGGAAACUCAGAUGCGUCGCUCAUGCUGGCAACAAUUUGAAGAAACGACCGAAGUACAAGUUCAAAAAGGAUUACAGAACUGGCGAAAUUGACAAAGACGUUUUUUUUAUGUACGAGAAGGAACUCAUCAAAUAUGCCAAUACUUAUUAAUUGCUUUUUUCAAUUAUUAUUGGCAUUUUACAUAGUUUUAACGGCAUUUUAAUGGUAUAUAUAUAAUUAUUUUUCUUCAUAGUAUUGUUUUACAUACAUCAUACAUAAAUUAUUAUACAUCUUGUUAUAAAUACAGAAAUACACUUUUAGAAAAAUAUUUUGUGUUCUUAAAUAUGUGUAUUUAAAACGAAGAUUUGCUA